AUGUCCCAACACUCACUUCCGCUCUCCGCUACAGACGUAGAGUCUGACCCGGAGUUCCUUCCUACUCCAGUGGACGUGCCGUACGACGACAGAACCUACCCAUACCAGAUUGCAGGACACCAGUUCUGCCACAGUUCCGACCAGGCGGCCUCUGGCGGGUCUCCCGCCAGUUGCAGCCCUUCCCAUAACGUCGCACAUUCCGACUUCUAUCAGGAAGGCAGCUUACCUUUCUUCGAUCAGCAGGCAUGCUGCGGCCGCGUCGAUCCAAAUGGUGCCGAUUCAUUAAAGUGGACGAAGCACGGCUAUGAAAAUUUCUUGCCUGGGCACAACGGCAUCUGGCCACACCGGCAGGAAUACCAGGAGGGCAGCCUGUCGCCGCAGCAACUAUCUCCCGACGAGCACUACCAUGAACUGCAGCCUUCGUACAUAUCUGCUAGCGAGACUCCUCAGGGCCAGCAAACGGUGGGCGGGCAUUCUCCUGCUACCGUUUCUGGUUCCACGCGAGCGUUUCGAGACCGCGUGCUCAAUUCGAACUACAGCGAAUCUUCUCGCACCUCGUUCUAUCCAUCAACAUCCGCAGUCUCCGACUCGGAGAUCUUCCCUGAUUCUUUGAGUUCUCCCGUUGAAACAAGCACCUUCUUCAGCGUUCCCGUAAACGCACAGCUUCCUGGAGAAGCAUACACGCAGUACUACCCGGGUUCUGGUCUCUCACACUCGUCACAACAUGCCAGCUCGUCUGCUUGUCCUGACGUACGCGGCGACAUCUCUUCUGGCUACCCGAACCCGAACCCGCAAGAUCGGAGUCAUGUCCCUGCUUUUUCGCAACCCGAGCUUCUCAUGGGACACACGCAGUAUGACGACAACCUAGAUCACAGCGCGAACAAGGAUUCUGCUGACCGCUGGGCGGCCAGUGAGUAUGACCACCACUACCCAUACCCCCAAUCGGACGCGAACUAUCUCGCUCUCGCAUCUGUUCAGUCCCAAUCUCAGCCAAUCUCUCAGCCACCCCAGCAGCGGCGACAUUAUGCCGUCGCACUGCACAACUCUCCGCCCUGUCCCUACUCUUAUCCUCGCUUCACUGAGACAGAAUAUCCAUUCACUUCGCACAUCCACGCGCCUCAGCCGCAUCCGUGGCCCACGCUCCGACCUCCAGCGGUGGGGGGGAAUCAUUCGCUCGCUAUUCAUGGUUCCAUGCACUCCGGCGUCUCCUCUGCCCCGACAGUGACGCACUCGCCACCCCUCGUAGAGGAUAACCCGAAGAGGCCGCUCACCUUGGCGUGUCUUUUCUGUCGCAAGCGCAAGAUCGCUUGUGGAAGUCCACCCCCGGGGAAGAAGGAUCGGACAUGCAAUCAGUGUGCUCGGCGCAACCUCAAGUGUGUCUAUCCCGACGUGUCGCGUAGGGGCAUGCGGCCGAAACUGCUCUACGACAAGGACUCUAUCCCGGUAGUACCACCGCUCCUGCCCGUAGUCUGA